UUUAAGCAAGCAGCUUUUAACUAAAAAUAGAAUCAUUAUACAAAAAUUUUAAUGUCUACUUAUUUUCCUCAGAAUUUUACACCUAUUCUACCUAGGACACAAUAAAUUUAAAAUGAAACUUUUUUUAUUCAAGAAUUUUACAAUACUUUUAUUGAGAAAAUUAUAAAUGAGUUCGAUAUGAGUGGAGAAAUCAACCUAUAUUGGCACCAAUUAAAGUAGAAGAUUAGUGAAGAAAAAAAUUUUCAAUAGCUCUACAAAUACAUACUUAAUCUUGAAAUAAAGAAAAGGGAAUAAUCCAAGCAAGAUUUGUUCGAUCUUACCAAAUACAAUGCAGACUAUGCUCCAUCAUCUCAAGCCAUUUCUUCAUCAAAGUUACCAAAAGAAGAUGAACUGUUUAUUAAGAAAACUCCUACUAGCGUAAGAACAGUUUCAAUUCAAUUUGACAUGUUGAGUAAAAUGAAUAGCACCUAAUAAAAUGGCAGUGGCUAAAAAGAUAUUCAAUAAGUAGAAACAUCUUCUUAACAGAGUAGCCCAAAAUCUUUUUCCUAAAGACUACCUUCAUUAACAAUCCUUAAGAACAUUUCAUGCACAAACUAAAAAUACUCUAAUGAUAACCCUUAUGGAAAUUUUUCUCCCUAAAAUGCAAAUUCCUCAUUUUCUAAUAACAACUCACCAUAGCUAGGAGGCAAGAAUUGCUUUAAAAUUUUAGAAAAUAUCAGAAAAAGAAAUUCUUCACCUAGCUAUACUUAGUAUAUGUGUUUUUCACCUUUGUAAUAAAAACCUUUGUCUUAAGGCUUUGAUUCUAACUAUAAAACAUGUGCUAGCUAAAAAUAGUUGACCUUAGAAACCAUUACUGAUAUAACCCAAGAAAAAAACCAAAAAGAUUGUGAAAAAUCAUUUUCAAUUGUUAAUGAUAAGGAUAAUAAUAAUACUAAAUAAAAAGAAUAAAAAAAUAACAAGCUUAAGAGAUUUUCACCAUAACAAAUUAUUAGAAUGGGUUCUAUAAGAGAGGCUGAAGAUGAAGUAAUAGAAAACACUAAAGAUAAUGAAUAAAAGGAAUCUGUUUCUAAGAUGUUGGCAUUAGUAAUAUCUGCGAAAAAUACAUUUAAACUUGAUUCCGAAACAAUUAACCUUAUACACGGUAAAUUUUCUUUAGCCUACGCUUAAAACUGCAAGAAUUCAAUGGGUCAUGAGCAAUUUAAAGCUCAUGCUGAGUUCAAUAAUAAAAUUGCUCAAAUUGGUAUUGAUUAGCUAAAGAAGCCUACUCAUAAAUUAAAUAAUAACGAAUUUAACAUAGAAAUAAAUAAUAAAUACUAAAAUAAUAAUACAUUCCUAAUUCCAUAAUCUCCAAAAAAAAAAAAAAAUUCUACGCCAGUAAGGGAUAAAUAUUUUCCAAAAUGA